AUGUCUGCAUUUCUAGACUAUGUUCUGAACUAUGUGGUUACAUCGCCUGGUCGAGCUAUCUUGCUAGCCUUGUUGUAUACCCCAAUUGCUGCCAUCGUGUUGAACGUCUUAAGGCAGCUUGUUGUUCCUCGUGACCCUUCACUACCUCCAGAUGUGUUCCACUGGAUUCCCAUAGUUGGUUCCGCCAUAGAAUACGGUAACGAUCCUCUGAAAUUUUUCUUCAAAUGCAGAGAUAAGUAUGGCGACGUCUUCACAUUUGUGUUGCUCGGACGAAAGGUCACAGUUGCCCUGGGAGCCAAGGGUAACAACUUUAUCUUGGGUGGAAAAUCCACAGCAUUCUCUGCGGAAGAUGCUUACACGCAUCUUACAACCCCGGUUUUUGGAAAAGACGUCGUGUAUGACGUUCCCAAUGAAGUGUUCAUGGAGCAAAAGAAGUUCGUUAAAGUUGGUCUUUCGACAGAAAAUUUCCGGAGUUACGUUGGCAUGAUAGAGGAUGAAGUCGAUGAGUUUAUGCGCAAUGACCCUUCUUUCCUCAUCUACCAAAUGAACGACAUCAACGAGUGGGGACGGUUUGACGCGGCGACUGCUAUGUCUGAGAUUACCAUUCUGACUGCUUCGCGGACUCUGCAAGGGAAGGAGGUUCGUAGUAACUUGGACAAAUCUUUCUCGGAAUUGUACAACGCUCUCGACGGUGGAUUUACGCCCCUCAACUUCAUGUUCCCAAACCUCCCGCUCGACAGCUACCGGCGCCGGGAUGAGGCUCACAAGAAAAUGAGUGAAUUCUAUGUCAACAUUAUUCGCAAGCGCAAGGAAGGUAACAAUGAUCACGAGCAUGACAUGAUUGCUGCCUUGAGGGACCAGACGUAUCGCAAUGGCAGACCCCUGCCCGAUCACGAAAUAGCUCACAUUAUGAUCGCCCUUCUCAUGGCUGGUCAACACACUAGUUCCGCUUCCGGCUCCUGGACGCUUCUGCAUCUCGCCGCAGACCCUGCAGUGCAGGAGGCACUUUACCAAGAACAAGUCAAAAAUUUUAGGACCCCCGAUGGAAAGCUCAGAUCUAUGACUUACGAAGAUAUUCGUGAUUUACCCGUUCUCGACUCUGUUAUUCGCGAGACUUUACGCAUUCACCCUCCCAUCCAUAGUAUCAUGCGCAAAGUUCGCUCGGAUGUGCCUGUGCCUACUACACUCUCUGCUCCUUCGAAAGAUAGCACUUACGUCGUCCCCAAAGGCUACUUCGUACUUGCUUCACCCGCUGUCAGUCAAAUGGAUCCACGUGUAUGGCUUAACCCUGGCAAGUGGGAUCCUAGCAGGUGGAGUGACCCCGAAGGCGAGGCUGCUCGGGCAUACGACACGUACCAAGAUGAAAAUGGGGAGAAGAUUGAUUAUGGCUUUGGUGCUGUGAGCAAAGGAACCGAGAGUCCCUAUCAACCAUUUGGCGCAGGCAGACAUAGGUGUAUCGGUGAACAGUUUGCUUACCUUCAACUGGGUGCCGUCAUUACGACUAUCAUUCGUCGUGUUGAGUUACGGUUGGAGGCUGACACAUUCCCUGCUAACAAUUACCAUACUAUGAUCACCAUGCCGAAGAAGCCUCGCAAUAUCUGCUAUAGACGUAGAGCAUUCGACUAGGAGAACAUUUUGUUCAAUUAUACCACAUAAAUCCGAUAUAAUAAUGCUACCUUGCUUUAUCAAUAUUAUCGGAAUUCAUAGAAAUAGAAUAUUUCCGGUUUUCUGAU